CCCUCCGCCAUAGCCAGCUCGUUCACCCCGGGACACUAAAGACGCCCAUAGCAACAACACACACUCGGCUACGUCGAAUAAGACACUUGAACAGCCGGGAGGACGGAUUAAACACCGCUUCUUUGUCGCGGUGACUACAGGUGUUCUACGGAAAAGGAGAUACGUUGGUCGUCUGCGCCGUUAGCAUGGAGCGAGGGCACCGCUUGCUAGCUUGUUUUGGAUAGCCGUCCAAAGACGAGCGACGCUGUCCCAAAGGAGGACAAGAGAGGUCGCAGCGAGUUGGUCGUAUCGUCGCUGUUUGUUGUUAACUACAAAGUCAGCUAGACGGGAAUAAACACGGGAAUGGUGCUCUGGCUCGAGUCGCUUUGCAGACAGAAAAAAGCGAGGGGCACAGGGGCCACAGCAGAACGCUGUAAUAUUUGGACUUUAUCUGUUUGUAAGAGAGGGAGCGGCUCCCCUGUGGACGAUUGUUUUGUGGCUAGCUGGCUAGCUUGCUGAGGAAAGCGACCACCCCCUCCCCAAGCUCUACUAAUGUUAGCUGCCUACAGAAAACACGUUUAAACAAAGCCGGAUUGCUGACUUUCUGACUAAACUUUUUUUUAAAAGGCUAGCUUUACCCCAGGGAAUAGGUACAACACAACUCGGGGCUAUUUUGGACGGUGUCAACACUUUUUAAAAGUGCUACAUGUAAUUUCUUUCUACUGUUUUUGGGACUUCUUCACUUCGGAUGCUGGCAUCACAAACUAUUUACAACCAUGAUGAUCAUAAGCAGAAAACCGGAGGGCCCAAUAGUAACAGCGCGUCACGGUGAUGGCCUUUAUGACUCGUACAUGAGGACGGACCACAUCCUCAAAGAGGACGCCGAUACAAACAGUCCUUCUGGCCUGCCACCAAUGCCCAAGCACACAGCUGUUGGUAACAAGGUUGUGAUGAGGGAUCAGAUAACUGUGCGAGGUGGCCAGCUGAAGGUCAAGUAUCUUUACGAAGAGUCUACUAACAAUCGCAAGAUCAGUGCCAUUACCACAGCAACGCCACAGAACACCGGGACCGGCGGUCAGACGGCCAGCAAGCCAGCGCCAGCCUCUAGCGUGUCCAAGGAUCACAGUGUAGACAGCUCUGAAUCCAGUAAGGGCUCCAAUGAAAACUCCAGCUCUCACGUGGUUGUUAACGGAGGGAACAGCAGCAAGGUGUGCGGCCCGCUCACACCGGAGCAGGCGGAGAGAUUAUACCGGACUCAACUAACCAGCCUUGAGCAGACUGAGAUCCACUCCUACACAGAUAUCUACUUUGUGGGACCCAAUGCCAAGAAGAGACCUGCUGUCGUGGGGGGCAACAACAACUGCGGCUAUGACGACGAGCAAGGUGGUUAUAUCAACGUAGCCCAUGACCACCUGGCUUACCGCUAUGAGUUUCUCAAGAUCAUCGGUAAAGGAAGCUUCGGUCAGGUAGCCAAAGUCUACGACCAUAAACUGCAGCAGCACCUGGCUCUGAAGAUGGUUCGCAACGAGAAGCGUUUCCACCGACAGGCACAGGAGGAGAUCCGCAUCCUGGAGCACCUGCGCAAGCAAGACCGCAACGGCACCAUGAACGUGGUGCAUAUGCUUGAACACUUCACCUUCCGUAACCACAUCUGCAUGACCUUCGAGCUGCUCAGCAUGAACCUCUAUGAGCUUAUCAAGCGCAACAAGUUCCAGGGCUUUAGCUUGCCGCUGGUCAGGAAGUUUGCACACUCCAUCCUCCAGUGCCUCGAAGCCCUGAGCAGGCUACGAAUCAUCCACUGUGACCUCAAGCCCGAAAACAUUCUGCUUAAACAGCAGGGACGCAGCGGCAUCAAGGUGAUUGACUUUGGCUCCAGCUGCUUCGAGCACCAACGUGUGUACACCUACAUCCAAUCUCGCUUCUAUCGAGCGCCCGAGGUGAUCUUCGGCGCACGCUAUGGCCUUCCUAUCGAUAUGUGGAGCUUUGGCUGCAUCCUGGCCGAGUUGCUGACAGGCUACCCUCUUUUCCCCGGGGAGGACGAGGGUGACCAACUAGCCUGCGUCAUGGAGCUGCUGGGCAUGCCUCCACAGAAGGUUCUGGAACAGGCCAAAAGAGUAAAGACCUUUAUCAACUCCAAGGGCCACCCUCGCUACUGUGGAGCCAACACUCUGCCUACUGGAGCCACUGUGCUGACGCCGUCUCGCUCCCGCCGUGGUAAACUGAGAGGCCCCCCUGCCAGCAAAGAGUGGAGUGCUGCGCUGAAAGGCUGUGAGGACCCCACCUUUAUUGACUUCAUAAAGAAGUGUUUGGACUGGGACUCCUCAUCUCGUCUGACCCCCAGCCAGGCCCUCAGACACCCAUGGCUGUAUCGCCGGCUGCCCAAACCGCUGCCUGGAACCGAGAGGAGCCAAGGGGCCCCAGUAAAGCGGCUCCCUGAACACCACAGCACCUCCUUCCCCUCCAUCCUCGCCAAGGGGGGCACUGGCCUGGCCACCACAGCUGCCAACAACAAACUGAGGAGCACCAUGUUGGGAGAUUCAGGAGAGGCCAUACCUAUUCGCACGGUCCUACCCAAACUUGUCUCUUAGAGAGAGUCCCACUCAUCUCCUCUCUCCUUCCUCUCCCUCCUCCUCUGCACUCCUCAGGAGGAGUCAAGAGUGCAGGAGAAAGUGGAGUCUAGCUUUUACAAUGUUUGGUUGUAUUUGUUUGUAUUUGUUUUUUACUGAGCGGCAUCGACACCCCAGUCGUUGCUUUUUAAUAAUAGCUGUUCACAGAAAAGAGAAUACAAGAAUUCAUACCAAGUUUUUAUACAAAGGAUUUCCUUAAGUGGCUGUGGAGUUUCUAUACACAAGUCAUUGAUUUAGAUCAUGCUUUGUACAAAAUGUGUGAGUGGACAGCUAGUGUUUUUAACCUGUGUUUGUUCCCACACGAGUGUUUUUCCCGUUUUUAGUCAGGGCCCACUCGAACGCCUCACUCUUUCUAAAUGAACACUCUUGAGGAGUGAAACUUGAAAAGGGCUACACAAACUCUAAUUAGCUCAGUGGUAGCAGGCAACAUUUUAUUCAGCCAACAGUAAGAGAAUAAAACAAGCACACUGACAACAGGUUGACACACUUUGACGACAGCAUCAUGUAGUUUUUGCAAUACGUUUUCACAGCCUGCAGCUAAUUGACCUCUUUUAGCCUCCCCUUUCCUUAUCCCUGGUGCUUGCAUGUCAGCUCAAUAUGUGGCAUUAGUGUGUGCAUGGUGGUGCUACCGUAGGAGACAUGAAGAGUGAUCUAUUUUCAGACCCCCUCUUGUGCUACUUAGAUUGACAGAAGGUUGAGGAAGAGGACAGGAGCUCCACUUGUCACCAGUGUGUCAUGGCUGACUUAACUCCCCAUUUCUUUUUGGGAAUAUUUCAUCACCUUGUAUCAAUAGUCAUGUUUACGGUCCACUAGGAUGCUACCUGCAGUGAAAUGUGGCUACAUUUUUCCAACAGGGAGACAAAAAGUAGCUAAUACGGACUUAGAUGGUUGCUAAAUAUGAGCCAUUUUUUUCUUCUGAGAGGCAAAAAUAUCUCUCUCUGGUACUGAUUGAAGACAUGUUUCUCAGGGAAACACUUGAUACAUCCCUUAAUCCUAUGUAGGCUUGCUUUUUUUGUGUACAGUUUCACUGUCGGAGCCACAAAGGGGGUCUGGUCUGCAUGCUCCACAAUCUGACCUAGAUUCCCUGUCCCUCCACCUCCUUGUUCUCUCACUGUGUCAUGUAGGCCAGGGAACCUCGUA